AUAGAGUUCGGACUUCUCCCGCUCCCAGGGUAGAGCGGCCCCUAGAGUGGUGGGGCGAGCAGCUCGAAGAGGGGGGCUCGUAGGGGCGGGGGGUUGGGGGUCUUUUUGACAACAGGCCGCCGGCGGGAUCAUGGCGACCAGGAACCCCCGUGCCACAGAACAUGACAGUGAUGAUGACUCUUACGAAGUGCUGGAUUUAACAGAGUAUGCGAGAAGACAUCACUGGUGGAAUCGUGUGUUUGGCCACAGCUCUGGACCUAUUGUAGAGAAAUAUUCUGUAGCUACUCAGAUUGUUAUGGGUGGAGUUACUGGAUGGUGUGCAGGAUUUUUGUUUCAGAAAGUUGGAAAACUUGCAGCAACUGCAGUGGGUGGUGGCUUUCUUCUCCUGCAGAUUGCCAGUCACAGUGGCUAUGUGCAAGUUGACUGGAAGAGAGUUGAAAAAGAUGUGAACAAAGCAAAAAGACAGAUUAAAAAAAGAGCAAAUAAAGCUGCACCUGAAAUCAAUACCGUCAUAGAAGAGUCAACAGAAUUUAUCAAACAGAACAUAGUGGUAUCCAGCGGAUUUGUAGGAGGAUUCUUGCUAGGCCUUGCAUCUUAAGGACAUGAAUGUUGCUGUCUUGAUGGAUUCAUUAACAACAAAAUCACUGGUGACAGUGUACUCUUUUGCAAUGUAGUACCAGUCAUCAGAUUCUUCUGGGCAAGAAGAUGAAUUAGUUGGACAACACUGAAACUUACAUUUUAGGCUUUUGCCUUCUGAAGCUUGGCAAACUAGGUUUUGCUAAAAAAUAAAAUAAACCGUGCAGUAUAUAUCGCAUUUCUGGACAAAACCUGGCUAACUUUCAUCAUGACUUUUUAAUCCUGUGCCUGUUCAGAAAUUAGCAUUUUUAAUGUUGGUGUGUAGAUAUGUAAUUGUCUUGGGAAAAGGACCUUCUGUUUGACAUUUUACCCAUUGAAUUGCUAUUUUUUCUUUAUUUAAAAAGGCAUUCUCCAUAGUGCUGUAGAGUUAAAUAGUGCCAAUAAUUAAAUGAUAUGUAUUAUAGUUUGAAUAUCAACAGAUAAGAAAUCUGUUUGCAAUAAAUUGUAGAAUUGUAAUGUACUUUUAUGGAAGGAUUAGAAAUACUUAUUAGAGAUAUUAAAAGCAAAUUAAACAGA